AGAAAAAAGGAAAAAAAAAGUGGAAAAAUAAAUCGAAAUUGAAAAAGUAGAAAGAAAUUAUAAAAUAAAAAUAAAAAAGUUUUUGGAGGAGAGAGGACGAAGGAGGCUGAGAGGCAGCUUCAAAGGCUCGACUUUUUGACCCGAAAGAGGGAGAAAAAAAUAAACCCAUAAAGGGGAGGGAAGAGAUAAGUCUGUCUAAGCUCUUGGGUCGUCUUAUAGUUCAAAAAAAGCUUUUGUGAGGUGCAGGCUUUGAGUUCUGGUUUUCUUUCUCAGUUUUUGUGUUGUAAGGAUCCAAACAGAAGCAGCUUUCCAUGUGCAGUGGUCCGAAGAGGAAACCUGCUUCCCCUGGUUUGAUCAUGGAAGGUGAAUUGGAGAAACAAGAAGGUUUGCGUUAUAAUUUUUCGGUUUUGCUCGAACUAUCUGCCUCAGAUGACCUUAAUGGCUUCAAAAGUGCCGUUGAAGAAGAGGGUCUUGAUAUUGAUGAGGCAACUUUUUGGUAUGGGAGGAGAAUUGGCUCAAAGAAACUGGGUUUCGAACAGAGGACUCCCCUUAUGAUUGCUGCUAUGUUCGGAAGCAAAGGUGUUCUUAACUAUAUUCUUGAAAAGGAUGUUGUCGAUGUUAACAGGGUUUGUGGUUCGGAUGGGGCGACGGCUCUCCAUUGCGCAGCUGCCGGCGGCUCUGCUGCUUCUGUUGAGGUUGUCAAGCUCUUGCUUGCUGCUUCUGCCAAUCUGAAUGCUGUCGAUUCUAAUGGAAAUCGACCCGGUGAUGUGAUUGCUCCCUCUUCUAGGCCAGCCUUCAAUCCUAGAAAGAAAGGCUUGGAAAUAAUGCUGAAGGGCACCAGCAGUGUUGAGGAAACUUUUGGUUUGUCGGAACAGAUUGUUCAGGAAUCAGAGGUGCAUGAACAGCAAGAGAUUCCAACACCUCGGUUCUCCAAAGAUGGGGUUGAGAAGAAAGAGUAUCCUAUUGAUCUCUCUCUUCCGGACAUUAAGAAUGGGAUUUAUAGCACAGAUGAGUUUAGGAUGUAUACUUUCAAGGUCAAGCCCUGUUCAAGGGCUUAUUCGCAUGACUGGACUGAGUGCCCAUUUGUACACCCUGGGGAAAAUGCAAGGCGGCGUGAUCCAAGGAAAUAUAACUACAGCUGUGUCCCUUGCCCAGAGUUCAGAAAGGGGUCCACCUGUAGCAAGGGAGAUGAUUGUGAGUAUGCACAUGGUAUUUUUGAGUGUUGGCUCCAUCCUGCUCAAUAUCGUACACGACUCUGCAAGGACGAGACGGGGUGCACCAGAAGGGUCUGUUUCUUUGCUCACAAACCAGAAGAGCUUCGCCCCUUGUAUCCCUCAACAGGUUCUGCAGUGCCUUCUCCCAGAUCAUUUUCUGCUUGUGCUUCAUCUCUGGACAUGGGUUCAAUCAGCCCACUUGCUCUUGGUUCUCCAUCUAUCUUGAUGCCUGCUACAUCAACUCCACCCAUGACACCUACAGGAGCCUCCUCUCCUAUGGGUGGAAACAUGUGGCAGAGCCAAUCUAACCUUGCACCCCCUACCUUGCAGCUUCCAGGUAGCAGGUUGAAAGCUGCCCUCAGCGCUAGAGAUAUGGAUUUAGACAUGGAGUUACUUGGCAUGGAAACUCAUCGGCGCAGGCAGCAGCAGCAAUUGAUGGAUGAGAUGUCUGGUCUCUCAUCGCCGUCUAGCUGGAAUAAUGGCUUGUCUUCCGCUUCUGCUUUUGCUGCAUCUGCAGAUAGAAGUGGGGAAUUCAGUAGGAUUGGCAUGAAGCCUACUAACCUUGACGAUAUUUUUGGAUCUGUUGAUCCGCCAAUUUUGCCUCAAUUACAGGGACUUUCACUGGAUACCACAGCAUCCCAGUUGCAGUCUCCAAACGGGGUUCAUAUGCGCCAAAACAUGAACCAGCUCCGCUCAAGCUACCCAACCAGCCUCUCAUCCCCUCCUGCGAGGGCUCCUUCUUUUGGGGUUGACACAACUGGUGCAACAGCAGCUGCAGUUUUAAAUUCCAGGUCAGCUGCCUUCGCAAAGCGGAGCCAGAGUUUCAUUGAGCGUAGUGCUGUAAACCGUCAUACUGGGUUUUCCUCACCUGCUGGUUCAGCUAGUAUGGCAACUUCUAACCUGUCGGAUUGGGGCUCUCCUGAUGGCAAAUUGGACUGGGGUAUCCAGGGUGAGGAACUGAGCAAGCUAAGGAAAACUGCCUCUUUUGGAUUGCGCAGCAGUGGCAACAGUUACGCUGCUGCAGCUGCAUCCUCAAUGCCAACAACUGUGGAUGAACCGGAUGUUUCUUGGGUUCAAUCCCUGGUGAAAGACGCCCCACCUGCGAAACCUGGGCAAAUUGGUUUCGAGGAGCAGCAGCAGUGUCAUCUUGACACUGCAGCUUCAGAGAUGCUCCCGGCCUGGGUGGAGCAGCUGUACAUGGAGCAGGAGCAGAUGGUGGCGUAAUACCGCAGAGCCAGUAAAAUUAUAGCUCUGCUUAACAUUUAACUAUUAUUUUUUCUAUGCCAUUUUUUGAAUUUUUAUUGAUAUUCAUCAUAUUUAGGUUGAAGAAAUGGAGGGAAGGAGGAAAAAAAAAAAAAAAAAAAAAAAGAAGGAAAGUCCUAGUGAGGGGGAAAACAAAAUAGAGGAAGUUGGGCAGGAGAAAAGGUUUCUGCUCAUUCUGUUACUUAGGUUCAUAAGAAUAAUAGGCUUUAGUUAAUAUAUAUAUAUAUUUUUUUCUCUCUCUUUGAAUUUGGUCUUCGUAUUCGUUGGAGUUCUUAAUUCGCAUUGCUAGUAAAGACUGAUGCCGGAGAUGGUCUUCUUACGAAUGGAGCCUGAGAUGUUGAUUAUUAUGUUAUAGUUCUCCAAUUUCCAUUUGCUAAGUCAAAAUUGGAGGUGUACCAACUUAUUUGUUUUCCAUUUUGUUGGUUGUUCAUAUACAAUAUAUAUCAAUUAAUCAUAUUUAUUUAUUUCGAUAA